AUGCCGGAACGCGUGGCUCUUGAAGAUGUGAGUAAUCGUGCCAACCAGUUACCCGCAACGGCGGCUAGCGACAAAUUAUCGAGCAAUAACGCUGCAAGGAACGCAAUGGGCCUUACUUUUGAAGAGUAUAAAACUAUGACCCUUCAACAAUACACAGAAGCGAAUUCCUUUGGGCCAAAUGCCGUUCCGGGGGGUGCCAAACGGACGAAAAGCGCUGCAACCAGCGGCCCAUCAUCCAGUAAGAAACGAAAAGCAGAACUGUCAUUAGAAGAUGAAAUUGCGGCUUAUAAGCAGAACCUGGACGAUAUUAUCUCGCCCGACGACUUUGAAUACGAACCUAAGCCUAGUUGCCAAGCUGUACGCAAUCGAAUCAAUAAACUCCCCGAUGCUGACAUUAUGAGGAAAACAGGAUUUGCUCAGGCUAUCGGUGGUCGUAAUUCCAACACAAAUUCUCUCAAUAAUUUCCUCAAACAAUCUAGAACUUAUGAAGAAUGCAAUAACUCUAUCUACUCCAAUACAAAGAAAAGACAGACACAACAAGCAGAAGCCUCUACAAGUUCUAACACGGGGAGCUCGGCCCCGAAGGCAGCGAAGGUCGCGUCGCUUCCUGAUAUUAGUAACAUACACUUGGACGGCGAGGAAACCGACUCGGUCAGUGUCUACGAUUCCUGCGACGAGAUCCGUAGGAAGGUCAAUGCGCAUCUAAAGCUGCCAAACGUCACACAGGCCCAAUUCUGUCGCGACUUAUACGCCCAGCUACACGCAACUACUAUCAAGGGUAUCCAAUCAAAACAACUCGCCGAUUUCCGUGCUGGAAAGCGUGCUAAGACAGGCGCUAAGAGUACCGUAUUCUACGCCGCGUACGUGUAUUUCGAGAAACUACGCGUUGCUCAGAAUAAGCCGAAGACCAAGCAUCGAGAGGAUAUGGAAGAUAUUUGGGAAUUGAAGGGUGGCUUCGAUCGUGAAACUGAUCAUAGAACAAUGUAUCUCGGUGCGGCGGAUGGCGGCGAAUUACAUUUUGAUAAAUACGGCCUCAGAUAUCGAGGGUAG